GGUCAAUCCCGUUUUCCCUUGAUCAUCUGGCAUAUCAAGUCAGUCCAUGAGCCUUGACUGUGCACAGUGUACCUAAGCAUCGCUGCAGAUGUACCCUUGCACAGUGCUUCAGGUAACCCUAAAGCAGGGGCGAUCGGCUAUGACCCAAACACAUAGGAAAGCAACAACGACUGAUGCCCCUCAAACUCAAGGAAAGUCAACCAGUCAUGCGCAAGAAGAGCGGCCCGCGACUGGCCCACCGAAAAUCCCGAAACGGAUGUCAGCGAUGCCGCGCUCGUAGGGUGAAGUGUGAUGAAGCGCGUCCAGUGUGCCGAGAUUGUCAUAGGCAUGGGGUCGCCUGUCUCUAUGACAGGUCCGAAGGCCAACCCCCUACCGCUCAAACCGAACAGCAACGCAGGUCCACACCUCAUGCCCCUUCCCCUCCCUCGCAGAUAGCAUUGGCUGGCAGUCACGAAGCUGCUACGGCUGCAGCUACCACAGCAUUAUGCAGUCGCCCGCGGUGGGAAGGUGAAUAUCACGCGUACACGGAGCUGCGUCUCCUGCAUCAUUUCACCAUAGGAACUAGCCUCACCUUACCUGGAGCCCAUCUCCAGAGCAUUAAAGACUGCUGGUCAAUUGAGGUUCCCAGGCUAGCCUUUGUCUACAAGCCACUGCUGUAUGCCAUUUUUGCAAUAUCUGCCCUUCAUCUGUAUAAGAGCAAAUCACACGAGACGGACUUGGUCGGCGUUCGGGCAGUCUAUCUAGAGCGGGCUUUGCGAGACCACAGAGUGUGCGUGGGAAGUAUAGAUACAAGGAUUGCCGACGCAGCGUGCUUUACAUGCAUUCUCUUACUUAUCGACGCGUUUACGUCUUUGCAAGAUCGUCCUCUUGACCCAUACAGACCGCCGAUGGAAUGGAUGCAAUUGGUCAGAGGCUCGGUAUCGGUAUUCGAUGCUGCGCUCAGCGCCAUUCAAGAGAGCAAGUCAGCUAGAAUCUUUUCUAUCAUUCAUUCGUCGCCUUCAUUCACAGAGCCAAACUUUACAGCCGGCAGCUGCGAUUGCGGCCAUUUCUCGUAUUUGCUGCCGUCCGAAGAUUAUGGUGAGGAGGAUGGCGAACAAUUACGGCUCCCGACACUGGAGAUAUACAGAUCGACAGUGGCUUACAUUAACUCUGUUUGGCUCGCUAUAGAGGCACAGGAGCAUCCGGCGAUGAUAUGUCGACGUCUGAUGGUGUUUCCCUUGAUCGUUUCCCAAGAAUUCCUCAAGUUACUCAAGGAGAUGGAGGACCGUGCUCUGGUAAUUCUAGCUCAUUACUUUGCGCUUUCAGCUACAUUGACCGAUAUCUGGUGGGUCGGUCAUACUCCACAUAGGGAAGUUCUCGCCAUUGGAAAAAUGGUCAAUGGGCAAUGGGUAACCUCAAUGUCAUGGGCUCUCACUACAGUCGCAUCACAUUGCAGAAUAUGUACACAAAGCUAAUCAUGGACCCGUUCGAUCACCGUAAGGCCCCCUUCAAUAACUGCACUUUGGAUUACGGGCAUCUUCAAAGGCACCAACAGCCGGCUCUGCUUGAAGUACUCACUCGCCCAUCGUGUUACACGCGGCAAAUGUUCCUAGCUUGUCAUCGGCGUCACUGUUUUCUACUUGUCCCAAAUCUCGGCCAAGUACUCGCGACCCGCUGUGACAAGGCGUGGGAAGCUUCCAUGGCUGAGGACAUGUCCAAGAUGCCAUUGACAAACGCCUCUCUGGCCCCUGGAAUUGCGGCUUUUUCGUCUCGGGUCAGAGUCUGAUCCACGACUCGGCUGAUCUAGAGCAGCAGAGCCCUGGCCAGGGCUAUAAUUGGCUGAAUUAGGCAUGGAUACGGACCUAGACA